CUUCCAGUGCCAUUUGUCGGAAACCUGUAAAGCCGGAUUUUCCGGCGUAUGACCAUAGCGACGUCCGACAUGGAAACAUCGGGAUUGUGAAGAUCGAUACGGGCUUCAAUUGGGCUCGUUUAAAACGGGCCGCGAAAACCCAACGAGGGCGGCAGGCAGACCUCGCAACGCGAAACUCAGCCCAGCGCAUUCGUUAGGGACACCCGCGAGAGGAGGCGCCGUAUCAUAGAGUGGAGCCAACAGACGGUCUAGAACGCCUCGGGUUUUCUCUUUCAGUUCCGGUGUGAGAAGUGGUGGGGGGAGGUCAUAGUUUGAUAUAGUUCGGUCGGUGGCGAGGGGUACGGACUGUCAGCCUGGUUCCGGCGGUUGGGACCCUUGAGGGGGAGCGAGGAUAAGGAAGGCGCGAGCUCUUGGGGAGCAGGGAGGGAGCCUCGCAGGACUGGCAGAUCCCGGGAUUGGCCGAGCGGGCUGCGUGGGCCGAAGUGGAGUGCCGCGGCCUCCUCCCGAGUAUCUUUGGGGAGGGAGCUUUUCGGCGGCGAGCAAGCAGGGAAGGGGCUGGAAGCCCUGGUAGGGCCGAGAGGAAACACUAGGCCGUUCGGCGUUUCUGGUAUUUCGGGGCGUGGAGACAUUGGAGGUCUCCAUGGCAGCCGCAGUAGCUGCGGGGACCUCCGGCGCCCCUCUGAACGCCGUUGCUACCCUCCACGAGGAAGCCGUCUGUGCCAUCUGCCUGGAUUACUUCAUAGACCCGGUGUCCAUUGGAUGCGGCCAUAACUUUUGCCGCGUGUGCAUCACUCAGCUUUGGGGUGCGGGUGGCGAGGAAGAAGGCGACGACGUGGGAGCCUCUGGCUCGGAGAGGGCUGAUGAUGAUGAUGAUGAUGAUGAUGAUAGGGGGAUCGAUGACCUGGGCCCUGAGGAAGACGGGGAUUACGACGACGAUGAGAACGACCUGGAGGACAAUGAUUAUUUAGAUGAUGGAGAUAUGGGCGACGAGGAAGAUGAUGAUGAUGAUGUAUCCAGGGACGGGUACGAUGAUGAAGAUGAAGAUGCCUGGGAGGAUGAUGACAGAGACUACUGGGAGCAGGACAUAUGGGAUUCUACUAUGGGGGAUGAUUUAUUUUUUGAUAAUUAUGAUGAGGAUGAGGAAGUAAUGGAUGAAGAGCCAGAUGAAAUGGCAGAAUAUGCAGUGCCGGCAACUCCGCCUACUCCACAACGACAAUCUUUCACUUGCCCUCAGUGCCGCAAAACUUUUCCUCAUCGCAAUUUCCGACCCAAUCUUCAGCUGGCUAAUAUGGUGCAGAUCAUCCGACAGAUGCAUCCACAACCACUGAAGCCUGCCAAUACUUCAGCUGAUGUGGUGGAGAUGGAGGCAGCAGGGGAUUCCUCAGGGGUGCCAUCUAUUUUAGCUGCAAGUCAUGCUCCAAGAGCGCUGUGUGAAAAACACCAGGAGCCACUUAAGCUCUUUUGUGAGGCAGAUGAAGAGCCCAUCUGUGUAGUGUGCAGAGAGUCACGAACCCAUAAACACCACAGUGUUAUGCCACUAGAGGAAGUUGUGCAAGAAUAUAAGGCUAAAAUCCAGGGUCACUUGGAUCCGUUGAAAAAGAAACUUGAGUCAGUUCUGAAGCAGAAGUCAAGUGAAGAGGAGAAGAUAACAGAUAUCAAGAACAAGAUGAAACUUGAUAUGAAAGAGUUUGAGUCAGACUUUGAGCGGCUGCAUCAGUUCCUGGUUGGAGAACAAGCUACACUGCUUCACCAGUUGGAAGAUCGCUAUGAGAUACUACUAGGCAGCCAGAGUAGCAACAUCUCUCACCUGGAGGAGCAAGGUGCUGCACUAAGCCGUCUUAUUACAGAAGCAGAAGACAAGAGCAAGCAAGAUGGUUUGCAGCUGCUCAAGGACUUCAAAGGCACUUUAGUCAGGUGUGAGAAUAUCACAUUCCAAGAUCCAGAGAUGCUGCCAGUGGACACAGGAAAGAAAUACCGAAACUACUUCCUUAUAGAUGUUUUAAUGAAGAAAAUGGAGAAGGUCUUUAGCAAAGCCCCUCAAGUGGAUUUGACUCUGGACCCUGAAACAGCUCAUCCACGGCUCACAAUUUCCUCAGACUGUCGCAGCGUCCGACUUGGGGAACGUUGGCGGGAUCUGCCGGAUAACCCAAAACGCUUUGAUUCCGACUACUGUGUGUUGGCCUUGCAGGGCUUUACGUACGGUCGCCACUACUGGGAAGUGGAGGUGGGUGGCCGGCGAGGGUGGGCUGUAGGGGCAGCCCGCGAAUCGGCCAGACGAAAAGAGAAGUCCAGCAGUGGUUCCCACCAGAAACGGGAGAUCUGGUGUGUAGGAACCAAUGGUAAGAAGUACCAGGCUUUGACUAGCACUGAGCAGACAUCCCUCUCUCCAGCUGAGAAAUUACGGCGCUUUUGUGUCUACCUUGACUAUGAACGAGGCCAGCUAGGAUUCUACAAUGCUGAAAACAUGGCUCAUAUUCACACCUUCAAUGCUUCAUUUCAUGAGCGCAUCUUCCCCUUUUUCCGCAUUCUUUCUAAGGGGACCCGCAUAAAAAUCUGCAAUUGAUGCCAUUGCGGCUAUUGCAUAUGGCUGAAUUUAUCCCUUGAGGCCUCUGCUUCAUCCCACCCCCACUCCCCACCAAAUUAUGCUGAUAAGAGUUUCCCAUCAUCCUUGGACUUUGGUAGAUUCCUUAUCUAGCUCUUAUAUUGGAUUCCUUUUGACAGGGAUUCUUCCCUUCAGUGAGUUCAGUUUUGCACAGUUCUACUUCUCUGGUACUUGACCAGGUCAUGGGUCUGAUUUUAUCUUGCUUAUGGUUCAGAUCCAUUUUGGCAAGAGAGAGGGAGGGAGAGGGAGACCUGCUUCUUUCUCUUUCCUUAUACUUUUGGGGUAUGAUCACACGUCACCUGAUUAUACUAUUCUCAUUUUUAGAUAGCUGAGACCCUGACCUUCCAUGUCUCAAAAGAGAACUUAGACUUUAUUGAGCAUGCAAUUAUAAUGAUUGGUGGGACCUCCCAUGGCUUUUUGACUUGGGUUAAGCAAGCCAAAGCUUGUUCUUGACUGUCUUGAGAUUACUCAAAACUUUAUAGUCAGGCUUUGACAACUUAAACAAUAGACCUAUGUGUGAUAACUUUUCUGUUUUGAAUUCCCCUGAUCAGACAAGAGGACUGUUCCAAUAUGUUCUUGGGGUUCGAUCAAAGUCCAUGCUUCAACUGGGAUAAAGAACAUGUGGCCCUCCAUAUGUUACUGAAGGAAAGUUUCUAAGAGCCCCAGCAAUCAUAGCCUAUGUUGAAGGAUAUAGGAGUUGUGAUUCAAUAACAUCUGGAAAAUCAAUAGCCCUAGUGUUACGUCCGUGUUGUUGUCACCACAGCCCAGAUUCCUGAAGCCCUCACAAUAGCUUUGCAUUUUAAAGUAAGGAUCUGUAAAUUAUUACGUUUUUGAGAGAUUCCUAAUGCUACUAUUCCUCUUCAAUUGCUCCAAUACAAGUAUUCUGAUUUCCUGUUUUUGCAAUUUACUAAUAGCCUUUUGAAAAAAAAAAAAAACCAAUUGCAAGUUCUGUCCCAUGUUCUUAUUUACGCUUGUUUCAUGUAAUGUUCCAUUUGAACUGUCUCUUAAUCUUUGAUGCUCUUUUCUAUCUUUCCUGCCAUUUAUCUAUUCUAAAAUGUCAUGCUGGCCAUUUGGAGCAAUGACAGUACCUAGUGCUGUUGAGCUGUUGAAUGUCAGUCAUGAUUGUAGAUGUAUGUGUGCUAUCCCAUCAGAUGCUAAGAUCCCAUUAUUGCUAUCUUACUCAUCCUGUCUUCUCACUAUCUGCUUUAAAUAACCUAUUUUAGUCAUUCACUAGUUUUAGCCUUCACUGUGGAGCCUUGAACCUCUGAAGGCUUUAGCUAUGCCAGCCAUAUGUUGGGUAUUUUUAAAUUCUUUUUGGCUUGACAGAGCUGCUUCUAAACUAUUUUUUGCUAACAAUAUUAAAAGGAAAUCUACUUUUUUGUGAAAAGCUUGCGAGAUAAAGUAAUAAACAAUUAAAUGUUAAAA